AUGAGUAGUAGACUUGAAGGCAAAAAUGUAUUCAUAACCGGAGCCUCUGCAGGUAUUGGCGAAGCAUGUGCCAGAGAAUUUGCUAAAGCAGGGUCGAAUUUGAUAUUGACUGCAAGAAGAAUUGAACGGCUUGAUCAACUUAAAGAUGAACUUUUGAAAAAACAUCCUACAAUAAAAAUCUAUACACAUCAUUUAAAUGUUUGUGAGAAAUCGAAUGUAGAUCAAUUAGUUAGUUCAUUACCAGCAGAUUUUAAAGAUAUUGAUGUGUUGAUUAAUAACGCAGGUUUCUUAUAUUAA